AUGGACCCAAAACGAACAGCUGUGCACUACAGGUAGGUACUUGGGAGGAGAGGAUACCAAUACUGAAUACUGUAAUACGUACGAGUUCGUACUAGACUAGUACUCUUACUCAGUCGUACCUCGAAUUUUACCGUGUCGUUGAAACGUAGAAAGGUGCAUCCACACUAUGGUUUCCGACUCUCAGUUCUACCGAUCCAUAACCUUUUCAGCGACAACUACUCCCUCCCUUUCCAUCAAGCAUCAGAGGCAGAAGUUUUGCAAUAACCAAAAAAGCAAGACAAUCAACAGCAAUCUGCAUAAACGGAUAUAUCACUCAGGCAUCAUGUACGGGGGUUUGUUUGGAGACUUGCCGUCGACCAAGAAGGAUGCUGCGAAAAACGACAAGGACAAAGUCAGCGACAAAGACAAUAACAGCAAAGGCGAAGGCAGUAAUGAUAACGAUGCUAAGAACCAAAGCGCGGCUCUUUCAAAAAAGAGGGGAAACAAUUUUUUGUUUGCUCCUCGGAAACAGCCGUUGCAGAAGAAGUCCGGCACAAACACGACAGAGAAAGGAUCGUCCAAGAGCAGCAGCAAUCCUUCCUCCAAUUUUCUGCAAACGGUUGGAAAAUCUGGAACCUCCAUGGCCUUCGUUCCCGCCGCCGCAAUGAAAGCAAAACGGAAGAAAGCCCCAGCACCGGCACCCCAGAAAACUAGCAAUAACGCUAGUAGCCAGAGCUGCAGCCAUUUGCCGUCCAUCGGGACAGAAACGAUAACGACUACCACCAUCACUACCACGAAACGUAAGAGCAUUCAUUCCACCGACGAAGACGAUCCAUCCAGGCCCCCCGUCGUGGUGGACAUCCACGGCACCGGAACCACUAGCGAUCAAUCCUCUUCGGCAAAGAACACAGGUCAAACCAGCGCUUCCAUCUCGGAAUCCUCCUUCGUGGCCAAAAACGACCGUAUCCUCGACCCCUACGACCCCUUCGUUCCCAACGACCUCCUGGACUAUUGGGAAACACUGGCGGCCAAGAAGCAGCGGGAAUUCCUCGAGCGCGAAACCAGGGAGGCUCUUGAAAGGCAGCAGGAGCUCCGCGAGCACCUGGAGCAGGAGCGAUCGGAGCUCCUCGGCGGGGAUAGGGGCGAACGAAUGCCAGGGCGCGGGCGGGGAAGGGGAAUCUCGAACCUUCCAUCGUGGCUAGUAGAUCGACAGGGCAGCAACGACGGGAAACAGCAGCCGGAGGAGGGGCUCGGGGGGAACCCUGCGAGACACAUGGGACGCGGGCGCGGGCGGGGGAUUUCCAAUCUUCCGGCAUGGUUGGUAGAACAGCAGCGUAGGGAAGCUGCCGAGGGGCCGCAGUGAAGGGACCCGAAAGAAGUCCGGGCUGAACGCAUACAGAGCGUGACGAAACCAUUGGAUCCAUGGACGUUGGCGCCACGGUGUAGGGCUGAUACGUUGGGGAAGCAGAGCAACGUUUCGGCUCCAAUCAUCCAUCCGCAUACAAGACCCGUGUGCAGCGUCCAAUUGCGAUUUCGGGUUGGAUGGAAGAGAGUCCGGCUCGGCGGCUUGGUUUGCACCGGUUUUCCCGAGCAGCUACAGUACCAUGUACCACCUACUAACAAAAUGAACUUGAGACU